AUGGUUGAGCAGAGAAGAAACAUCAAGAUGGUUGAGCAGAGAAGAAACAUCAAGAUGGUUGAGCAGAGAAGAAACAUCAAGAUGGUUGAGCGGAGAAGAAACAUCAAGAUGUUUGAGCGGAGAAGAAACAUCAAGAUGGUUGAGCGGAGAAGAAACAUCAAGAUGGUUGAGCGGAGAAGAAGCAAUUUCCUGACAUUGCAUCACUGGAGCUUGAUGCUUGUCAUCUUAAGGCUGUACAAUGGCACUCUGCCAAACUUAAAAGCCUCUUUACAGUGAGGUCAUUGGUAAACAGAGUCAUUCUAAUAGUUGGAGAAAUCGGUGUGUGUUGACAUUCCCCUAUUGACACUGAGUGGUAGUUUUCAAAUAAGCUUUAUUGGAUAGCAAUAUUAACUUUAAUAUGGCAGGUAUGCUAGGGAGGCUUCAGUUCCAUUAGUACGAUACUGAGGUAUUGAAAACAAGCAGUGGAAUGAAAGUCUGGAACAUAGAAUUAGGUGCCAGUUUUCCACAUUUCACUUUUGUCAAGUUUCAGGUUUCCCUUUCAUGUUGGUGUUGUUUCUGACCAGCGCGGAGGCAGCAGGGAACAACAUUAUUUAGCUUCCUGAGCAGUAAAUGUUCUUCAACCCACUGAUUCAUUGUGUAACAACACCUAUUACCUGCCACCUGCCUGCCACACAACCCACAGAAACUUUGUCAGUGGAGAGAGACAUGGAGGCACACGUCUCAACGCCACACAUAAACUGAUCCAAGAUGUAUUGUAACAUGUAAAUGAUCGUCACAAACAUAUUACAUUAUUUAAAAAAAGCUAUAUUCAAAAAGGAUAUGCACAGCUACAGUAUUGAUUUAUACAUUUAGUUUCCUCGGGGUUAGAAGAUAGAUUUCGUGUCACACAAAAGAAAACAGCCCCAAUGUCUGCUGUGCCAUGUGGAGGUUCAGUUGAAUUUACCAUGGGCUUCAUAGGGUGAUGGACACCUUAAUGCCUUUGGUUUGACAAUAUUUUUUCCUGCUGGGUCAGGGUGAUUUACCGUGGUAACAAGAGCUCUGAAUCAUUCAUACUGCCCCAGUCUUCACGUAGGCUUUUAUUCCUUAUUGUUGUGGCCCCCUGGAGUAACACUACAUCACAGUUUUAAGGAGACCUUGUUUUCCACAACGUGUUCUACAAUUAACAUGAAUGUUAAAGAGAGAUAACUAUUCAUCACCUGUUAAAGUGGGCUGCCUCAUUAAAUUGUAUUGUUUUUAUGAUUUAUUUGCAGGUGUGGUGUAAAAAAUAAACAAAUACCUGAUAGAUGUAUCUUUACCUUAAAUAAAUUAUAACUUACAAAUGAAUGAUUGUUGAACAUAUUUACCAUGUGAAAUGCAUUAUUGUCAUGCAAUAUUUUUUACAUUGUGUUUUAUAAUUUUUUCUUGCAGCACUAGACCAAAACUCCAUCGUCGUAGCAGAAGACGUCACAGUUUAACCUGCCCCAGGGUUAACAGGGUUACCUCAUUCUACUGCAACAUGGGAGGAUCUGGGAUCUGUGCUCGGCUGAUGACUGUCUUUCUGAUGAUGAUCUCAUGUCAAAGUUCAGAAGCUGGUUCUCUCUGCCCAGCGCAGUGUGUCUGUGAAACGCGUCCAUGGUACACGCCUCAAUCAGUAUACCAUCAGGCCAAGACGGUGGACUGCAAUGAGCUCCAUCUUAGUGGGGUCCCGUGGAAUAUUUCAGGUGACACUCAGGUGCUUCUCCUCCAGAGUAACAACAUAUCCUCUGUGUCUGUGGAGCUCCAGAGUCUAGUCAACCUCACAGAGCUGGACCUCUCCCAAAACCACUUCACACAGAUCCAAGACAUUGGACUGCACAACCUGACCCAGCUUGUCACUCUCUACCUUGAGGAAAACCAAGUGAAAGAACUACAAGAUUUAUGUCUGAAGGAUCUUGACAGUUUGGAAGAGCUUUACAUCAACCACAACCAAAUCUCCUCCAUUGGGCCUAAAGCCUUCUCUGGUCUCAGAAACCUCCUGAGGCUCCAUCUCAACUCCAACAAGCUGGUGGCCAUAGACAGCCACUGGUUUGAGUCUCUCCCUAACCUGGAGAUCCUCAUGAUAGGGGAGAACCCCAUCCUGGGGUUACAGGAUAUGAACUUCCACCCCUUGUCAAAGCUGCACAGUCUGGUGCUGGCUGGCAUGGGCCUCAGGGAGGUCCCCUCGGGAGCCUUCCAGGGGUUGGAAUACCUGGAGAGUCUGUCCUUCUUUGACAACAAGCUGACAGCAGUCCCCAAAGAUGCCCUCCGGGUCUUACCAAAUCUCAAGUUCUUAGACCUUAACAAGAAUCCCAUUGGCCGUGUUCAGGAGGGAGACUUCCAUGAUUUCCCCCAUCUGGAGGAGCUGAGUCUGAACAACAUGGAGGGACUGGUUGCCAUUGAGAGGGGGGCGUUCUCCAACCUCCCAGAGAUGGCAAAACUGGAAAUGUAUAACAACCCCCAUUUAGCUUAUAUUGAUCGUGCUGCUUUCAUUGACAUGGGCGGCCUGCGCACUCUAUUAGUCCACAACAACGACAUCAGCCUCUUGUCACAUGAGGUUUUAUCCUCUUUCCCCAGCCUGGAUGAAGUGAGCCUCCACAGUAACCCCCUCAGGUGUGACUGCCUCUCUAACUGGGGCCCAGUCCUGGGGAACCAGUCCACCCUCAAGCUGCUGGAGUCCCAGAUCACCCUCUGUGCCUCCCCUCCCCAUCUGGUUGGCCACGCCCUCCAGGAAGUGGUCACCACCAGCUGGAAUGUUGUCAGCAACACCUGCCUCCCUCACAUCUCCAUGCACACGUUCCCCCCUCUGCUCAAUGUCACUGCUGGACAACCCCUGACUCUAGACUGUUGGGCUGUUGCUGACCCUGCACCUCAGUUCUACUGGGUGACGCCAACAGGAGACAAGGUGACCUCUGAGGCUGUCUCUGCAGUCAUGGUAGACGGCAGGAGCACAAAGAAACACAGACUGCAGGAACAGGGGUCUCUGGAGAUCCUCCAGGUGGAGCCGGCUGAUUCUGGUCUGUACACGUGCGUGGCGUGGAACACAGAGGGGGCGGACACGCGUAGUGUGUCAGUGUAUGUGGAGAAAGGAGACUGGCGCGGUGGCAGGCUGAAUGUAGGGGGGCACACAGUAAACACCACAGGGUCCCUGGUGGUCCUGGCUAAGAUCAUCCACUCCCAGUCAGUGGUUCUGGAGUGGAGACUCUACCCUCCUCACUUCCACAGCCAUGAGGCGUCUCAGCCCAAGUGGGCCAGCGCCACCAUGAAGAUUGACAACCCUCAGAUCAGCUAUACAGCGAAGGUUCCGGUUGAUGUGCAAGAAUACAACCUGACUCACCUGUUGCCCUCGACAGAAUACAGAGUGUGUCUGACCAUGUCAGCCACAGAACAGCAGACGCAACACUCCUGCAUCAACGUCACCACCAAGGAGGCCAGUUUUGCUGUGGAGAUGGUGGCCCAGCCCACCAAUGUGGCCCUUGCAGCUGUCAUGGGCUCCAUGUUUGCCAUCUGCAUCAUGGCCCUGCUGGUGUUCUACAUGGGCCGGCGUAUGAAGCAGAAAUCCUGCCACCACUCCCUGAAGAAAUACGUGCAGCAUGCCACCUCCAUCCCCCUGAACGAGCUCUACCCUCCCCUGAUCAACCUGUGGGAGAAUGAGACUGAGAAGGAGAAAGAGGGUCCAGUGGAUCCCCAGAACUCUCAGAUAGACACCUCAAAGACAUACAUGUGGUAAUAAAGGUCAAAGUGCGUAGAUGUAAAAGAGACAUUUAAAGACGUUUAUGUACUGUACUGUAUGUAAUCUUAGUUACUGCUCAAUCUUAAGAUUUAAGAGUAAGAUGUCAUUGUGAAAGAUAAGGUAUUUUUAGACUGCAGAUCUCUAGCUCAAGCACACUUAGUUGUCCUGUUGAAUAAUGAUCCUAUUGUAACGCAGUUAUGUUACAUAAAGAAAUAUGCCGAGUGGGCCAGGUUUGAAGUGUCCAUGGCCAAACACACCUCCACAGAAGUACACUGUAACAUCAAGCAUGUAAUAUAUUUUAUUGUUUAUAUAAUUCACUUUCUAGAUUAUAUUUAACUAAAUAUGAAACGAAACCAUACUACAUUUCUGCCAGAGCACUUAGGUCAAGACCUGUUCACUGCUGCUUACUAAUUCCAAAUCACUGCUUAGGAUUUCUUGCAUGUCUACCUGCAUGUUUUUCCUGUGCUCUGAGUAUUUAGUCAAGUACCCCUUCUCUCCUUUCACUUUGAAAUAUACAGGUGUAAAGCUGACAACAAAAAUGUUUAUUCUACUUGAGGUCAUAUCCUGUUGUUCUUUCUUCUUUAGAUGGUUACUCCUACCAAAACUGACCACAUUUCAUAGCUUUAAAGGUAGACUCAGCGAUAUGACGUAGAUGCAGAAAGUAAAC